GCCAGUACUUGCAGAUCGCGACGCACGCUUCUUAGCUAGUGAACGUCUUGCAUAACAUGGGUGAUUCAUCGUCGACAUCAUCUUCCGCACCCUCUUCAAGGGCAUCUACUGCGCCAUCAUCUCUUCCCUCUCCAGAGAUUCAAACAUUGACUCUAGGAGAUGUGACCGACGAGGAUCGGGCGAAGGCUGCUAAGAUCAAGAUAGAGGCAAAUCAAGCGUUCGCAAGUCAUAAUUUCGUGGAGGCCGUUAGACUCUACACCCUGGCCAUAGAGCUGAACCCGUUAGACGCAACGUACUGGUGCAAUCGCGCUGCAGCUCGAACAAAGUUAGAAGAAUAUGGGUUCGCACUCGCAGAUGCUUCAAAGGCCAUCGAAGUCGAUCCUAAAUAUGCCAAGGCGUUUUAUCGUCGCGCGACGUGCUAUUUACAGAUUGUGAAACCUCAAUUAGCGGUGGCGGAUUUCAAGAAAGUCGUCGCGCUAGAGCCUAGAAACACGGUCGUCCAAUCACAACUCACAGCUACCCAAAAGCUCGUGCGCAGGAUAGAAUUUGAGAAGGCGAUUGAAGUAGAAGGGGAGAAAGAUCCAGUAGAAAGAUGUCAUGAAAUCAUUGCGGAAGGUGGCUGUGAGGUCGAAAAAACAUAUGCUGGUCCACAGUUGAGUACUGGGGAUGAUGGGAAAUAUGUGAUGACGGAGGAGUUUAUCAAAGGAAUGAUCGAGUGGUUCAAGGCGGGUAAAAAUCUGCCAAGGCGGUACGCGUGGGAGAUUAUUCUUGGGGCAUGCUCGCAUUUUGUGAAAGAGGACAGUCUCGUUAACUUGGACCUACAAGAAGGCGUGACAUGCGAUGUCAUUGGAGAUGUUCACGGGCAAUUCUACGAUUUAUUGAAUCUGUUUUCAUUGACGGGUACUCCAACAGAAAACCAUUGUCUUCUUAUGAAUGGUGAUCUUGUUGAUCGGGGAUCGUGGUCCGUGGAGGUCAUUCUUACCGCUUUUGCGUACAAAUGGUUGUACCCAACACGCAUGUUCAUCAAUAGAGGUAAUCACGAAGCAAAAGACAUGAACCGAACGUAUGGCUUUGAAGGCGAAGCAAAGCAUAAACACGGAGAGCAAACAUAUAAAUUGUUCGCUCACGUUUUCACCACUUUACCAUUAGCAACACUUGUCAGCGCCACCAAAGCACCCACCAAAACAAGCACUACGGCGAUACUGUCACCAAAUGGGCUUAAGAGAUACUUUGUCGUGCACGGCGGGUUAUUCAGCAAAGACGGUGUCACCCUAGAUGACGUCCGCAAAAUUCCUCGAAUUGGACGGCAGCCUGGUCAAGACGGUUUAAUGUCUGAUCUACUGUGGACUGAUCCUCAAACACUUCCGGGUCGCGGCCCGAGCAAACGUGGUGUCGGCAUUGCUUUCGGUCCAGACGUCACGAAGAGGUGGUGUUCGUUAAAUGGCAUUACUUCUAUCAUCCGGAGUCAUGAAGUUCGCCAGGAUGGGUAUGCAGUAGAACAUGACGGCCUCUGUACAACCGUCUUUUCAGCCCCGAAUUAUGUGGAUCAAGUGGGAAACAAGGGAGCGUUUAUACGAAUAGAUGCAGAAGGAGACCAAAAGUACUUCCAAUUCGAAGCAACACCUCAUCCGCCAAUGAAGCCGAUGGCAUAUGCGCAAGGAGGUCUGGCGAGCUUGAUGAUGUAGAAAUUUGACAGGGAUUUAUGGGCAUGGACAAUGUAAUGGGUGCGGGCGCGUGGGAAUCUUGCUACAUAUAGUUACCAGUCGCUUGUUGACAGACACAAGCAACAUAUUCAAACUCUUUCACUUG